UGGGGAGGGAAUAUCUGCUCCGCGUUAAUGCGGGGAGAGGCGGCAGCGGUGGCUUGGGGUCGCGAACAGAGCGGCCGUGGCGCCCCAGCUUCAAAGGGCUCCCGGGCCGCGCCGCCUGCCCGGGCUUCGGGAGUUGGGGGUGGGGGGUUGGUUUCCCGGGCCUCGUUCCACCUUUCCUCUCCGAAAGGAAGACGCCCUGUGCCCCCUUAUUCUCAAAGUGGUUCCAAACACCUUUUGAGUCCCCCAUAGUCUUUGUGACACCCCGUAAGAGUCAACUCCCCUAUAAAAGCCUGUUUCAGCCCCCCCCCCCGCUUUCUAGUCUGUUUUAAAAUCGGUUUCAACUACCCCACAAAAAAGUGCGGUUUCGUACUCAAAAAAGUCAGUUUCACACGCCCUUCAAAAAAGAAAAAAGUUAGCGGGGGAGGGGUGCGCAGGGGCAGCCGUUUCACACCCCGUCUCUAGUUGGCAAACAAAGCGGGGGUUUCUCCGCCUCUGAAGUUGGGUCUCCCUUGGCCUCGGAACCUCCUCUUCCCCGCAGUCUCCGUGGUGUCCCCGCAGCCGCCCCCGCCUGGGGAUCCGGGGAGGAAACCGGAGGGGCUUCGCUGUCCGUUUAUGGGACGACGGAGACCUGCUCUGCGCCCCUUUCUGGGGGUCGGAAGGGGUCUGGCAGGCCACCACGCAGGGCUGUCUCUAGGCCUGUGGUACCCAUUGUGGCCCCUGAGCCCACCGUUGCAGCUGGAGAAUGAACCAGCCGCAGAGGAUGGCGCCAGUGGGCACAGACAAGGAGCUCAGCGACCUCCUGGACUUCAGCAUGAUGUUCCCCCUGCCAGUGGCCAACGGGAAGGGCCGGCCCACCUCACUGGCUGGCACCCAGUUUGGAGGCUCAGGUCUGGAGGACCGGCCCAGUUCAGGCUCCUGGGGCACUGGCGACCAGAAUAGCUCCUCCUUCGACCCCAGCCGGACCUACAGCGAAGGCGGCCACUUCACUGAGUCCCACAGCAGCCUCUCUUCAUCCACAUUCCUGGGACCUGGGCUUGGAGGCAAGGGCAGUGAGCGGAAUGCGUACACUGCCUUUGGCAGAGAUGCAGGUGUUGGCGGCUUGACUCAGGCUGGGUUCCUGCCCAGUGAUUUGGCCCUCAGCAGCCCCGGGCCACUGUCCCCUUCGAGCGUCAAGGGCGGGUCCCAGUAUUACUCCUACCCCGGUCAUGCUCGGCGGAGAGCCGCGGACAGCAGCCUGGACACGCAGCCCAAGAAGGUCCGGAAGGUGCCGCCAGGUCUCCCGUCCUCGGUGUACCCACCCAGCUCAAGUGAUGAUUAUAGCAGGGAUACCACUCCCUAUCCAUCCGCCAAGACCCCCAUCAGCGCCUACCCGUCCACCUUCUACAUGGCAGAUGGCAGCCUGCACCCCUCAGCAGAACUCUGGAGCCCCCCAGGCCAGGCGGGCUUCGGGCCCAUGCUGGGUGGGGGCUCGUCCCCUCUGUCCCUCCCACCAGGCAGCAGCAGCACUGUGGGCAGCGGCAGUGGUGGCUUUGGUGGCCUUCACCAGCAUGAGCGCAUGGGCUACCCACUGCACAGCUCGGAGGUGAAUGGUGGGCUCCCGACUGUGUCCACCUUCUCGGCCCCCACAAGCUCCUAUGGCAGCGUUGCCAGCCACACGCCCCCUGUCAGUGGGGCCGACAGCCUCAUGGGUUCCCGAGGGACCACAGCCGGCAGCUCUGGGGACGCCCUCGGGAAGGCACUGGCCUCGAUCUACUCCCCGGAUCAUUCAAGCAAUAACUUCUCGUCCAGCCCCUCGACCCCUGUAGGUUCCCCACAGGGCCUGGCAGGGACGUCGCAGUGGCCCCGAGCAGGAGCCCCCGGUGCCUUAUCACCGAGCUAUGAUGGGGGUCUCCACAGCCUGCAGAACAAGAUGGAGGACCACCUGGACGAGGCCAUCCAUGUGCUCCGCAGCCACGCCGUGGGCACUGCGGGCGAUGUGCACGGGCUGCUGCCCGGCCACGGGACACUGGCCUCAGGCUUCGCCAGCCCUGUCAUGCCACUGGGAGGGCGGCAUGCCGGUCUGGUUGGAGGCAGCCACUCAGAAGAUGGCCUCUCGGGCAGUAGCAGCCUCAUGCACAACCACGUGGCCCUCCCUGGCCAGCCCAGCACCCUCCCCGACCUGUCUCGGCCGCCCGACUCCUACAGUGGACUCGGGCGUUCGGGUGCCGCCUCGGGUGCCAGCGAGAUCAAGCGGGAGGAAAAGGAGGACGAGGAGAACGCGUCAGUGGCCGACAACUCGGAGGAGGAGAAAAAGGAGCUGAAGCCCCUCCGGACCCGGACCAGCCCGGACGAGGAUGAGGACGACCUUCUCCCCCCAGAGCAGAAGGCUGAGCGGGAGAAGGAGCGCCGGGUGGCCAAUAACGCACGGGAGCGGCUACGGGUCCGAGACAUCAAUGAGGCUUUUAAGGAGCUGGGGCGUAUGUGCCAGCUGCACCUCAACAGUGAGAAGCCCCAGACCAAACUGCUCAUCCUGCACCAGGCCGUGUCGGUCAUCCUGAACCUGGAGCAGCAGGUGCGAGAGCGUAACCUGAACCCCAAAGCAGCCUGCUUGAAACGACGUGAAGAGGAGAAGGUGUCAGGUGUGGUCGGAGACCCUCAGAUGGUACUUACAGCCGCCCACCAGGGCCUGAGCGACACCCACAACCCCGCUGGCCACAUGUGAAAGGUACGCCGCUGCGGGACAAGUGACCUGCCCUCAGUCUAACCUGGAACGGUCACACCAGGUGCCAGGUCCACAUCUCACAUAACGGCUAUAGUCAGUGUUGAGCCAACACAGACCUAAAGAGGCUCCAGAUGAUGGGGCCACUGGAGGCAACACCGGGUCUGGGAGCAUCCUGGGGACCCUGCUGUUCCCUCACUCCCCCAUCCCCACCCCCAGGCCCCAGCUGCCCCCCACGCCCUGUGACACCUGAUGGAUCCUGAAACUGCAUCUUAGCCCUGCCACCCAAGACCUGGCCUGAAGAAGCUUUUCUUUUUUUUUUUUCCGUAAAAGUCAGAAAGCAAGAAAUAUAUACUUUGUCAGAAAAGAAAAAAAAAUGCCUUAAGUAUAAAACGCGGAAGAAUUGAAACAUAUCACCUGCUGGAGAGAGACGCUGUGCAAAACUGGCUUUUUCAGAAGCCACCAGCAACUUGUGCCUAUGCCUGAUAUUUUUUUUAAGGAAAAUAAAAAGAAUGCUAGUUAUGAGAAUUCUUUUCUAAGGUAGAAGAAAAUUAGCAAGGAGGAUGCCUUCGGUCUUUUUUUUUUUUUUUAGCUUUUUUGCAUAUGUUUUGUAAGCAACAAAUGUUUUUGUAUAAAAGUUUCGUGUCUCUUGCUAUUUCUGCUGCUGUUUCUAGACGUGAACAUUGCAUUUCAUGAGCAACCAGAUUAUUAAAAGUUGUGUUAACGAGGCCCAAUGUAAAGCUGAGGUGCCCCUGGGAGCCCAGCUGCUGAACAGGGACGGUACAUCUGGUUUGGUGUAAAUUGGUGGGUGGGCCUUUCCCCGCCACAUCCUCUCUGCCUCCAGAUGGGGGACAUUCUGGCCUCUCAGGGCAGGGCAUCUGCAGGAAGGUGCCACCCUCCCAGGUGAAAUGCCAAGGAUCCUCCAGAAGCAGCCCUGGUCCCCCCAGGCACAUUCCCAUGGCCUCCUGGUCCCCACAUCCCUCCCCUGGACCCCAUAAGCUGCUCACCCUGGAGCCCACAGACCAUUCCAAAAUGAGAGGUUUUGUUGGGACUGACGUUCUCAGGCACAAGGACUGCACCACUGGAGUCCGGUCCUGGGGUGUCUCCUUUAACCUGGGAACAAGCCCAUUCUUUGCACCCUGGCAGAGGGGCUAUGGCUCAAGGCCAGCACAGAAAACUGACCUCCCCCCCCCCACACUCUACCAAUUGACCAUCCUGGUAUGGACAGGUCAGAGGUGGGUAUGGCCAGAACAGGGAGAAGGUGCAGGGUGUCUGUGCCCAGAAAAGGCCCCAGGCUGUGCACCUGCCAAAAUGACCACCCAGCUGCAAAACCAGAAGUGGGCACACUCGGGCCUGUGGGCCCCAUGUCCCAGGCCUCCCCAGGUCCCCUCUCUGGUCACACAUGUCAGCAGGGGGAUCAAUUGGUCCCUGGUUACAUGUGACUGUUCCAGGUUUACACUGAACAUCCAUGUCCCUGGUCACCCUACAUGUCACCCAGGUACAGGGUCGUGCAUGCUGGGGUCUUGGUUUCUUUUCCUUUAUGUCCCCCACAGAGGCCUUAAGGAUCCCCAGGCUAGCUGUGUUCACCAGUAGGCCCCCCCUCAGGUGUCGGCCCCCCAAGAGCACCAGGAGCCUGCUGAUCCACAUGACUGGUAUUCCCUGAGGCUGGGGAGCGGGGCACCCCACAUCUGGCACCAGGCGGACAUCCAGGCUUGGGGCCAGGGCCACCACCUAACCCCUGACAUCACCUGGGGCCUUCUCUGGGGUCUGCCUUCUGAGACUCAGGGACAGCAAGAAGCCAUCGGCUUAUAGGGGACUCUACCUGGUGACUCCCCUGGUCUGCUGGGUCUUGUCUUUGGGAGGACCUGCCUCAGUUUCCCUGUUACUCUGCUUCUGGACCCAUAGGUCCAGAUGGGCAGGGGCUGAGGUUCUGAAGCCCCCCAAGGCCCACAGACUUUGGAACUGUUAUACAGAGUUUAAAUUACACAUAUAUGAAAAAGAGAUGGACCUAGGACCAUAAGUAGUAGCACUGGGGAGGAGGGGAAGAACCAGAGUUACGGGAGAUGGGAUUGUGUUGAGUGCCUCAAGGUAACUGGUUUUCAAAACUUCUAAGAAAAAUGAUUUUAUACAAGUGUCCACACGGCUGGCUGGAUUCUUUGGAAUUUUUAAACAAUCCCCUUUAAAAAGUAGAUUGGAGAUCUGUCCUGUACAUAACAGCACUAUAGCAAUAAAUGCGACAUUUUAUAACGAU